CAACGGAGGAAAGCUGCAGAUUUAGCGGAUUUAGCGUUUUCAAACAUAUAAUCGGGCUGGAUACAUGAUUAAAUUUAAGUGGUUGCGGGUUUUAACAUUUUUAAUCUGACCCGGGAUGGCUGCCGUGAACCCGGCCGUGUUCCUGCUCACGGUGAACGGGCAGAUCGAAGGCGCAAACUUUCCAGAGUAUGACAACUUGUACUGCAAAUACUGCUACGUCUACGGUCAUGACUGGACUCCAACAUCUGGUUUGGAGGAGGGCAUCACACAAAUCACAAGCAAAGGAAGUAUGUCCAAUAAAUUAAUAUGGAACUUCCCGCUCGAGACGACGUUUAAAAGCACAAGCCCCAGUGGAUGGCCUCAGCUGGUAGUGAGCGUGUAUGGACCGGAUGUGUUUGGUAAUGAUGUUGUCAGAGGCUAUGGAGCUACGCAUAUUCCUAUCACUCCUGGACAGCACUCAAGAACCAUUCCCAUGUUUGUCCCUGAACCCACCUGGAGACUCCAGAAAUUUACAAGUUGGCUGUUAGGACGCAGACCGGAGUACACAGACCCUAAAGUUGUUGCCCAAGGGGAAGGAAGAGGAGUAACACGUGUCCGAUCCCAGGGGUUUGUCACUGCCUCUUUCCACAUAAUAACCAAAGACAUGAAGAAAUUAGGGUAUGAUACAGGGCCUUCCACCACACAGCCAUAUUCGACAGACUGGUCAGCCGACUGAUUUCAACGUUCACUAUGCUUUGGACUUGAAUCAGGUUUUCCACUGGACUCUGUAAAAUCAUACAAUAUAUUUUUUAAAAGUGCAUUCUUACUUGGCUUAAUUUAAUGCAAGUGCUGUUUGCAACAAGAUAACCUUUAAUUCUGUGUUUACUGUGUAGAAUUUGUACUUUUUGAUUUUUAUAUAUAUUUGUAUUUUUCCUUCUUUCUUGUCAUUUUUUACUUUUUUAUAUUAAAUUUGAACUGGUCACAGCUGUA